CGGCGGGUGACAGGAGCGCAGAGGGGCGAGCCGGCUUAUUACCCUUCUUGGCGACCGCGCCGCAGGAGCUCGAGCAGCUCGGACGGGGGGGACCCAGGCUCGCCCCCAAGAUGCCAGCGAUCGCGGUGCUCGCGGUGGCGGCCGCGGCGUGGUGCUUCCUCCAAGUCGAGAGCCGGCAUCUGGACGCGCUCACGGGAGGCGCGGGCCCCAACAACGGCAAUUUCCUGGACAAUGACCAGUGGCUGAGCACUGUCUCCCAGUAUGACCGGGACAAGUACUGGAACCGCUUUCGAGACGAAGUUGAGGAUGAUUAUUUCAGAAACUGGAAUCCCAACAAGCCCUUUGAUCAAGCCCUUGACCCAUCCAAGGACCCUUGCCUAAAGGUGAAAUGCAGCCCUCACAAAGUGUGUGUUACCCAGGACUACCAGACCGCCCUGUGUGUCAGCCGCAAGCACCUGCUCCCCAGGCAAAAGAAGGGGAAUGUGGCUCACAAACACUGGGUAGGAACUUCGAAUUUAGUCAAGUGCAAGCCCUGUCCCAUGGCCCAGUCUACCAUGGUCUGCGGCUCUGAUGGCCACACCUAUACAUCCAAGUGUAAGUUGGAGUUCCAUGCUUGUUCUACUGGCAAAAGCCUCACCACUCUCUGUGAUGGACCCUGUCCAUGUCUUCCAGAACCUGAACCACCAAAACACAAGGCAGAAAAGAAUGCCUGCACAGACAAGGAGUUGAGGAACCUGGCUUCCCGGCUGAAAGACUGGUUUGGAGCCCUUCAUGAGGAUGCAAGCAGAGUCAUUAAGCCUACCAUCUCUGACACAGCCCAAGGCAGGUUUGACACCAGCAUCCUGCCUAUCUGCAAGGACUCCCUUGGCUGGAUGUUCAACAAGCUGGACAUGAACUAUGACCUCCUGCUUGACCACUCUGAGAUCAAUGCCAUCUACUUGGAUAAGUACGAGCCCUGCAUCAAGCCCCUCUUCAACUCCUGUGACUCAUUCAAGGAUGGCAAGCUUUCUAACAAUGAAUGGUGCUACUGCUUCCAGAAGCCUGGGGGUCUCCCUUGCCAGAAUGAAAUGAACAGGAUUCAGAAGCUGAGCAAGGGGAAAAGCCUGUUGGGGGCAUUUAUACCUCGGUGUAAUGAGGAGGGCUAUUACAAGGCCACACAGUGCCAUGGCAGCACAGGGCAGUGCUGGUGUGUGGAUAAAUACGGGAAUGAAUUGGCUGGCUCCAGGAAACAGGGUGCUGUAAGCUGUGAAGAGGAGCAGGAGACGUCAGGGGACUUUGGCAGUGGUGGUUCCGUGGUCCUGUUGGAUGACCUCGAGGAUGAGCGGGAGCUGGGGCUAAAGGACAAAGAGGGGAAGCUGAGGGUGCAUACGCGGGCAGUGACGGAGGAUGAUGAGGACGAGGAUGAUGACAAAGAGGAUGAGGUUGGGUACAUAUGGUAGUCCCCAUGAGGAAGAGGACACAGGUUUUGCACAAAAUUGCAAGUCACUUCCUAUUCCUGCAUUUGUAUCUAAGACUCUGAGGCAUCAAGGUCUCUUCUACACUGUUGCUCUCUAUACCUGACCUAAGGUUUGGAAGACAACUCCUUUUUCCUAGAACAUUCUGAUUUUGAAUUCAGUUGUGUGGGAAGAAGGGUGUUGUACUUUGUUUUGCUUUUUUUUCUGACGGGAAUGGCUGACUUAAUGAGUCUCCUUUCCUCCCUUGAGAUUUUUGCAACAAGCAUGUGGUUUAUGUGAAUUUCUGACAGUGCAGGGAGCCCCCGCCUCUCAAACGUCAAAGACCCUUUUUGAUUACCUUCACUGGUGGUUAUUACAGCAUGGUUCCCGGCCUUACAGUGUCUAAGUGCUUUUCUUGUGUCCUGUAGAUGUCGUG